CACACAUCCAACAUGUCUGCGCCCUUGUAAAACAUUCCACUAUAUUCCAACUUAAAAAUGAGUUCGUCAAAAACAGCAACGUUUAUUUUACGGAAUAACCGUAUCAAAAAUAUGAGAUUACCAAGAACAAAAAAAGCAGCCUACAGUUAUGUGUGGGAUGAGAAAGCAGACGCCAUUCUUCCUGAACACUACAAGAAGAGAUGUCUGGAGUUCAUGCAUAAAGAACCAAUCCCAGUUCAUUAUGUACCAUCUGCUGGAACCUUUGGCAUUCAUAAACUAACCAAAUUACCAAAUAAAAUCCAGAAUGUCCCCAUCCCUGCAUUAUAUCCCCAGGAAGCCAAUGAAGAACUGUGGGGUGGAGAAGGAAUCAUCAUGGGCUACAAGAUGGACAAGGCUCAUCUCAGGCAGAAAAACAGAUUACCAAAGUUGUGGAAGCCAUUUGUUUGUAAGAGAGCUGUAUAUAGUGAAAUCCUUGACAAAUGGUUUGAGAUAUCUAUGACAAUGCGAGUCCUAGAUUUGAUCGAUGAAUGUCAUGGUUUUGAUAACUAUAUUCUAAAAACACAUGAACGUGAUUUAAACUCUCUACUAGCCAUGAAAAUUCGGAGAAAAAUGUUGCUUGCUCUUGCCAACAAAACCUGUUAUCCUAACGACAAAGAGAAACAAGAAAGGAUAUUACACAAAUACCACGAGUUCAUCAUACCAGCAGAGGAGGCAGAGUGGGUGGGGCUUACCGUGUCAGAGGCGUUAAUAAAAGCCAAGGAAGCAAAGAAAGCUGAGCCAGAAAACCAACCCAAACCACUGAAAGAUCUGUAUGAAGAAAACCUAGUCCUAAAGCUUCAUUUGAUAAAAGAAAACAGAUGGGAACAAAUUAUGGAAGAAAUUGAAAAACCCAAAGAAGAAACAAAGGAAGCACCUUCUAUGAUAGCAAAACUGAACCCCUUCUCCCAGUAUAACAGAGCCAAAAAGAAGUCUUGACACCUUGAAAUAAAUGCAGUAAAACAUUUUUUUUUCUAGCAUUUAUAAUGUUUCCUGCCUUGGCAACUGUAAGAAAAAUGGACAUUCUCUACAGACAUAAUUUACAACCGAGUGCAGGAAUUCUGUGAAGGGAUUCAUUCUAGGGUCUGAUAUACAAGUGUGCAUGCACUCAAAAUCAGUGACAAUUUAAUCAAGUGAAGGAUCACAGUGUAUGGAAAUAUAAAUGUUUUAUUGGUAUAUAUAUGUAUUUAAGUGUUUUGACAUC